UAGAUCUGGGUAACAACGCAGCUUAGCAACAGUCAGUUGCCCCUAAGAGCAGCGACCUAGACGCUCGUGAGGAGAGAAGUGGAGUGAAAUGAAACAACGCUCUCUAAUGUUUGUGUCUGGAAUCGUUUGUUUGGAAAUUGAUUUUUUAAAAAACAUAGCCACCGAUGUCAUCAAAACUUGUGUGCUUGAUUCAUAAUUGGAAUACAAAGGAUUCAAAUAUAAAAAAAAUUAAAUAUAUUUUGGAUAUUUGAUGCUGAGUUUACUAUCGUAUGUGAAUUCAUGUUAGUAAUGCCAUUGUCGCGUACCAAAUCGUUGAUCACUAAUGGAUCUUCGAUAUCACCGACAAAUGACUCAUUCUUACCUCAAAUCUCCAGCAAGAACAGCGGGACCUUGAUAUCUGAAAAGAAUGAUUCGAUUUCUCGUUAUAAACAAGCCUCUCGGGUGUUUCAAAAUGGCGGAACGGAGAACUCAGCGCUCCCCGAAGUUCGGCCCAACUCCAACGGUAGCAACAACCAAACAAGCAACAAAAACUCCGGCAAACCCCCCUUAAAAAGUGUGGGUGCCUCUCCGCAACAGGUGAUGAAAUUAUACAUGCAUAAAUUAACGCCUUACGAACACCAUGAAAUAUUUUCAUAUCCUCAGGUAUAUUUUAUUGGGGCCAAUGCUAAAAAACGAUUAGGUGUAAUAGGAGCUCCUAAUAAUAGUGGAUACGACGAUGAUCAAGGUUCCUAUUUACAUACUAUGCAUGAUCACAUUGGGUACCGAUAUGAAAUGAUUAAAAUUAUAGGCAAGGGCAGCUUUGGUCAGGUAGUUAAAGCUUACGAUCACAAAACCCAUGAGAGUGUUGCAUUAAAAAUCGUACGCAACGAAAAACGUUUUCAUCGACAAGCGCAAGAAGAAAUACGGAUUUUAGAUCAUCUCCGCAAACAAGAUAAAGAUCACAAUCUGAACAUUGUUCACAUGCUGGAACAUUUCACAUUCCGUAAUCACAUGUGUAUCACGUUUGAAUUACUCAGUAUUAACUUGUACGAAUUAAUUAAGAAGAAUAAGUUUCAAGGUUUUAACAUCCAACUAGUUAGAAAAUUCGCUCACUCCCUUCUUCAAUGCUUGGAUGCCUUAUACCGUAAUAGAAUCAUCCAUUGUGAUCUGAAACCCGAAAAUGUUCUUUUGAAGAUGCCCGGCCGAAGCGGAAUCAAGGUGAUCGAUUUCGGUUCCAGCUGUUUUGAGAACCAACGUGUGUACUCCUACAUACAGUCUCGAUUUUACAGAGCACCUGAAGUCAUUCUUGGUGGCAAGUACGGGACUGCCAUCGAUAUGUGGAGUUUAGGCUGCAUAUUGGCUGAAUUGCUGACUGGCUAUCCUCUCCUUCCAGGAGAAGAUGAAGCAGACCAAUUAGCCUGCAUCGUAGAGUUAAUUGGAAUGCCACCUCAAAAAGUCCUAGACCAAUCUAAGCGGGCUAAGCAAUUUGUAAGCUCUAAAGGUCAUCCUAGGUACUGUACAUCAACAACCCUACCUGAUGGUUCUGUAGUUCUCAGCGGAGGACGUUCUAGACGCGGUAAAAUGCGGGGACCACCAGGAAGCCGUGAGUGGACGACUGCCCUAAAAAAUUGUGAUGAUGAAUUAUUUAUAGACUUCUUAAAAAGCUGUUUGGAGUGGGAUCCGGCUUUACGACUCACGCCGCCAGCUGCUUUGAGGCAUGCCUGGUUACGUAGACGUCUUCCUAAAGCACCUGAAAAUUCAUUAAUAGAAUCUGGAUCAAAAACCUUGAUGUUUCAAAAUGGAUCAACGAGAACCAGUAUUAUAGCUAAAAUGAAUACAAUCGGUGGUACUAAAGCGAGGACGGUUGUUACGACUAUUGGCGAUGAUAUGAGUGCGACUUUAAAUUCACAUAGUAAAUUACCACAAAUUGGAAAUUCGGUGACAUGAUUUAGUUUGUGUUUUAGGUGCAAAAUGGUUCAAGCAUUUUCUAAAAAGUUUAAUGUGAUUUUUCAAAACCGGAUUAAAUGUAUAAAUUCAACGUUGUGGUCAAAGCAUGUGGAUUAGCUUUGUUUUUAUGUGCAAAUUGAUAUGCGGUAUGUGAUUUACUUCGAAAAACUGCCAAUGUGGAAAGGUAUACAAAAUUUUUAACACAUUAACUUUUAGAUUGUAAUUAUUUGAAUCUUUUUAAAUUAUGAUCAUGAAAAUUCUUUUUAAUUAAAAUUAAGAAAUAUUUUGCUCAAUAGUUGUUAAUUUAUGUAUUUUUCAAUAAAUUAUUGUUAGCUGAUGUUAAUUUUGAUCUAUUAAAGUAAUUUGUAUGUUAUGUUUUUUUUUUCUCUUCUUAAUUUACAAAAUUUCUCAUGUUUUGAAAAAUUCACUCUUUGUUGUUGAAAUGGUUUGAUUUUGCUAAAUUUUAAAAUGCCGGCUGAAGUUUUCCUUCUCUUUGAUAUUUCAAAUAGUGUGUUGAAAUAUUUUUUUAAUAAACAUGAAAAUUUUAUUGUACAGACUUAAUUUAGAACCAGUUUUUAAAACUUUAUUUUAAUUUUAUCAAAUUUUAAUCCUUUCAAAUAUGAUAAUUUAUAUAAAUUGUUCCUUUUUAUCUUGUGCCCUCUCUCUCAUUAAUCACUUCUACGCAGUAGUGUAUUGCUUUUAAAUUAAUCUUAAUUAAUUGAAUAUAUAAUUUAAUAAAAUAUUUAAUCCAAGUCUUAACAUUUUCUUGUUGCUCAAAAAGAAUUUCUUUUCCAUUUUUUAUAUAAAAACUGUUGGCAAUGUCCAUUAUAAUUGUUUCGAAAAAACAAAUAAUCGCUUCAACAUUAAAUUCUAACAAAUUAGGCACAUUAUUUUUUUUUAAACCACACAAUAAUUUAAUUAUGUUUUGUGUACUAAUUAAAAUUGUAGUUAAUAUUAUUUUUCCUAUUUUAAAAGUCUUUUGUCUUGUAAAAUUAACUACUUACAUUUAAGUUUAUAUCUGAUAUAUAUACUAUUGUUUUGGACAAAAGUAGUUAAUAUAUCAAUUUGUGUUGUGGCGAACCUGAUCAGAGUUAAUUGAUUUGAUCACCAGGUUUAAGCUUAUCAUUUGCUGAAUUGAUUAUAAUUGAAAAUACAAGCUUUUGUUGUUAACUUCUAUUAAUUUUGACAGUUAGUGUAUAUUAUCGAAGUAAAUAUUGCUAUAUUAUCCGUCUAAUUUUUUUCUCAAAUUUCUUGGUGAUUCGAAAUUUCUUGAAACAAAGUCUAAAAAUUAAAAUAUGUUUUAUAAAGUGUAUAAAUUUAGUAAAAUAUUCAUUAUUUCUAAUAAAAUGAGAUAGUAAUCAGUCUUUCAAAUUAAACAGGGUUCACUUAUCCGAGACCACUAAAACACAAACACUAAAAUUAUCCUUGAUAGCUUAUAGUGAUGCAAAUAGAUAUACUACCUCAGAAUCGCCAAGAAAAAUGCCAAUAUUUAUCAAAUUAUGUCUACCGCUUACACACAUAAAUGUCUUUUUAAGAUUUAAAAAAAAAAAAAAAAAUCUGUCUUUUAUGCAUAAUCAACUACUUGUAUCUUUGUUAUGAUGAGUUUAUUAUUUGGUGUAAAAUUAUGAAAAUGUCUAAUAGAAAAUCAUACCUCAGAUUAAAUGCUUUAAUUGAUUUCAGGUGUUUUCUAAAAGGUAAUAAGUUUCUUUAAAUGGUUUUGUCUAGUUAGAUAUUAAAUCUUGAAAGCUUAAUUAUGUUAUAUUUUUUAUUUAUGAAAAAAUUAUGUACAUAGUUCUAGAAAAAGUUUCUUUGGAGGUAUUGGAGAAUGUAGCAUCUGAUACUGUUUCUUUUUCUCUCAUUGCUUAUUAAACUGUGUGCAUUUUAUUAACGGGUUAAUUACAAAAUUAAAUUUGAAUUCUCUUGGUCUGUAUGUUAAAUAUUUCUAUCUAAAUAUUUACAGCAACUGAACAGUAAGGCAUAAAGAAUUUUUAAAAAAAUGCAGAAUCGCCAUAUAUAAAUAAAAUUGCUAGUACAAGAACUUUUUUUCAGCUUAUCAGCCGUAGUUAGCACGUUCUGAUGUUGAUAUAGAAGUAGAGUUA